UUUUUUUGUUUCAUUUUCUGACACGUAAACAGUUAUCUACUGGUGAUGCUGUCAUAUUUCAAUUUUUUGUGAGAUAAAAAAGUCUUGCAUCUCUAUCUCAUGUAUUAUCUGUAAAUCAAGCAUCACUAAGUUGAAUAAAGGAAGGCACUUCCUAUAGCUAGCAAUUUUGAAACCAAGUUUCUUUCCACUAGUUGCUGUAGAAAUGUACAGAGUUGAUGGCUGAGAGUGCAGUGGGUUUUCUUCUCCAAAGGCUUGCACCUGUUUUUGAGAAUAAGGUGAAAUUGUUCACUGGAGUUCAAGCAGAAGUGAUAUACCUGAAAGGACAGUUGGAGCUAAUAAGAGCCUUCUUAAGGGUUGCAGAUGCGUUAGAAGAGAGCGACGAGGAACUUAAAGUUUGGGUUAAGCAAGUCAGAGAUGUUGUUCAUGAGGCCGAAGAUCUUCUUGAUGAAUUGGAACUUGUCCAGGUACAUAACCUAACCAAUGGAUUCUCUAUUUAUCUCCGUAUCAGGAAUAUGAAAGCUCGCUAUCGGAUUGCACAUGAGUUAAAAAGCAUCAACUCCCGCUUGAAAGCUAUUUCUUCAAGUCGUAAGAGAUUCCUCAGUAAACUGGACUCUUCUUCAGUGGCUUCAAGUUCCAUUAAUACAGGUAACGCAUGGCACGAUCAACGAGGAGAUGCUCUUCUCCUGGACAACACUGAUCUAGUGGGCAUAGACAGGCCAAAAAAACAGGUUAUAGGAUGGUUGAUCAACGGUUGUCCUGGACGAAAAGUGAUUUCUGUUACUGGAAUGGGAGGGAUAGGAAAAACUACUUUGGUGAAGAAAGUAUAUGAUGAUCCAGACGUAAAAAAACACUUCAAAGCUUGUGCUUGGGUGACUGUUUCUCAAUCUUGUAAAAUUGAAGAGCUUCUCAAAGACUUGGCCAAGAAGCUCUUUUCUGAGAUAAGGCGACCAAUUCCAGAGGGAAUGGAAAGCAUGUGUAGUGAUAAGCUCAAAAUGAUAAUCAAAGACUUGCUGCAGAAGAAGAGUUAUCUAGUAGUAUUUGAUGAUGUGUGGCAUAUGUAUGAAUGGGAAGCUGUCAAAUAUGCAUUGCCAAACAACAAUUGUAGUAGCAGGAUCAUGAUCACCACUCGUAGAUCUGAUUUAGCCUUUACCUCCACAAUAGAAUCCAACGGUAAAGUGUAUAACUUGCAACCCUUGAAACAAGAUGAGGCUUGGGAUCUAUUUUGUAGGAACACCUUUCAGGGUGAUUCAUGUCCCUCAUAUUUGAUUGACAUCUGUAAAUAUAUCUUAAGAAAAUGUGAGGGUCUUCCCCUUGCAAUUGUAGCAAUCAGUGGUGUCCUGGCCACAAAAGACAAGCGCAGGAUUGAUGAGUGGGGUAUGAUUUGCCAUAGUCUUGGAGCUGAAAUUCAAGGCAAUGGCAAACUUGAUAAUUUUAAAACUGUACUCAACCUCAGUUUUAAUGAUUUACCUUACCAUUUGAAAUACUGUUUCUUGUACUUAAGCAUCUUUCCUCAGGACUAUCUGAUUCAGCGUAUGAGAUUGAUUCGCUUAUGGAUAGCAGAAGGAUUUAUUGAAGCCAAAGAAGGAAAAACAAAGGAAGAUGUUGCACAUGAUUACCUGAAGGAGCUCCUGAACAGAAACUUAAUACAAGUAGCUGGUACAACAACUGAUGGAAGGGUCAAAACUUUGCGAGUCCAUGAUCUUCUACGGGAGAUCAUCAUUUUGAAGUCUAAAGACCAAAACUUUGCAUCCAUUGUCAAAGAACAAAGUGCUGCAUGGCCAGAAAAGAUUCGACGGCUUUCAGUGCACGGCACAUUACCAUAUCGGCAGCAACAUAGGUCUGUCUCUCAACUCCGUUCUUUUUUAAUGUUUGGGGUUGGAGAAUAUGUACCCCUUGGAAAACUGUUCCCAAGUGGUUUUAAACUGCUUAGUGUUUUAGAUUAUCAAGAUGCACCUUUGAAGAAGUUUCCACUAGCAGUUAUUGAUCUAUAUCAUUUAAGAUAUCUAAGUUUAAGGAACACAAAGGUGAAAACAGUUCCAGGUCACAUAAUAGGGAAGUUGCAUAAUCUAGAAACAUUCGAUCUGAAGAAGACUUCUGUCAGAGAAUUGCCUGUAGAUAUUCUCAAGCUUCAAAAGCUUCGUCAUCUCCUUGUCUAUCAGUUGAAAUUCAAAGGUUAUGCACAGUUUCACUCCAAAGAUGGUCUUAAGGCUCCCUCUGAAAUAGGGAAAUUAAAGUCACUACAAAAGCUUUGUUUUGUGGAGGCAAACCAAGACUGUGGAAUGAUAAUAAGGCAGUUAGGGGAACUAAGUCAACUAAGAAGGUUGGGAAUCUUGAAACUUAGAGAGGAAGAUGGGAUGGCUUUCUGUUUGUCCAUUGAGAGAUUAACUAAUCUUCAUGCCCUCUCUGUUGCUUCUGAGGGUGAGAGUAAAGUCAUUGAUCUGACAUUUCUCUGUUCACCACCUCCAUUUCUUCAGCGCUUGUAUUUGUCAGGGCGUCUACAAGAGUUACCAAGUUGGAUACAGUCUCUUCAUAGCCUAGCCAGGUUAUUUCUGAAAUGGAGCUGUUUAAGAUACGAUCCUCUAGUGUAUCUACAAGAUCUUCCAAACCUUGCACAUCUUGAACUACUUAAGGUUUAUGAUGGUGACACUUUACAUUUUAGAAGUGGAAAGUUCAAGAAGCUCAAGGUUUUAGGUCUUGACAAAUUUGACGGACUCGAAGAGGUGACAGUGGGGAAGGAUGCCAUGAACUGCCUAGAAAAACUGAGCAUAGGGCGGUGCGAAUUGUUGAAGAAGGUUCCAUCAGGCAUUGAGAAUUUGACCAAGUUGAAAGUCCUUGAGUUUUUCGAUAUGCCAGAUGAACUGAUGAAGACAAUAUGUCCACAUGGUCCCGGAAAAGAUUACUGUAAAGUUUUACAUAUUCCAGAUGUCUAUUCUACCUACUGGAGAGAUGGAGGUUGGGAUGUUUAUGCUCUGGACACUUUCAGCAGAGAUUGUUCUCCUAGAUCAGGCACUCUCAUAAGAAGUCAUGAACCUCGUAUUCAGUGGAAGGUGUAGCUCUAAAUUGUGAAAUGAUUGGUACAAUUCUAGAGUAUGUGUAAUUUGAAUCAGAAUUGAAAGUUCAGUUUAAUUGGACAAAAACGUUCACAGCACCCAAAGAAGUGUAAAAAUUUAUUUAUAUUACCUGUACUAAAAAUUGAGCAGACUCAUUUCUUGUAUAGAAGUCAGUGCUCUAAAUAAAGGUGUAGGUUUUUGUUCACCUUUGUUUAAAUUUGAUCAAUGUAAAUAAAUUGCAUAAUCACCAUUAUUGAAUACACAAA